AUGGCUGACAAGAAUAUUGGAAUUUAUUCUAUAAACGCGGCGGGAAAAACAAAUAUAUUGAAAGGUUUAAAAGAAAAUCAUUUAACUAAUUUUAAUAUUUAUGAAGGAUCUGAAGUCAUUACACGAAAUAUAACUUUGGAAAAUUUUAAAAAACUUGAUAAUGAAAAUAAAUCCAAAAUUCGUCGUGAAGCAUUGAAAUGGUUAAAAGAUUCCCCAGGCAAUAAAAUUGUCGCAGGUCAUUUUAGUUUUCCAUCUUUUAAUAAUAGGGAAAUAUCUUUUGAAAAAGUUUGGACCGAUUUUGAUGGUAACUUUUAUACAGAUAUCAUUUAUAUUGAUGUUCCACCUUCAGAAAUUUACAUUCGUCAAAAAGCCGAUAUUCUUUUAAGAUCGGAUCGUCCUUUUUUGGAACUUGAACACAUAAAAAAAUGGUUGGAAUACGAGAAAAAAGAAUUAGAAUUAGAAUGUAUUAAUUUAGGCAUAAAAUUUUACAUAUUCAAAUCUUUACUUGACAAAAAUUCUGAUAAUGAAAUGUUAUUGCAAAUUAUUGAGAAUAUUUCUAAACAAACUGAAAAAAAUAAUGCGACCAAUAUUGAAAUAAGCAUCAAAAAGUUUGCAUCCACUUUAGGUAACGAACCUAAAUGUUUCAUUUUAAUCGAUGGAGAUCGUACACUUUGCGAAAAUGAUACUGGAAUAAUGUUUUGGAAGUUAUACGAAAAAUAUUAUUCAUCUUCAAAUACUUGUAACAAUGACUUCAAAACAAUUUUCAAAAAUCAUGGACAUUCUUAUUUUGCUUUUCUUCAAGUUGCUUAUAAAUAUUCUGGGCUAGAUUCACGAGUCUACAAUAAUAUUUGUACAAAAGUAAUUAAAGAAACAAAAUUAUAUCCACAAUUUUUAAAUUUUCUUAAAAUAAUUUUUUCAUCUUAUUCUCAAGAAAUUAUUCCAAUCGUUAUUGUUUCUGGUAUUGUAGAAAUUUGGCAUAAUUUACUUUACCAACAUUUUGGAAAUAAAAUUCCUUUAUUUGGUGGCAAUCUUUUCCCUAAUGAUGAAAAAUAUGUUAUGGAUGCUAAAUCAAAAGGUCAUUGUGCAAAAUUGUUAAAAUCAAUUUAUCCAAAAUCCAAAAUCAUUGCUUUUGGAGAUAGUGAAGUAGAUUUAGAAAUGUUAACAGAAGCAGAUGAGAGCUAUCUGGUAGUUGAUUAUACCAAUAAUCGUGCUUUAAGACAAAGACUCAAAGAACAAAAAUAUAUUGAUCUAAAGAAAAAGUUAAGAAUGAUUUCGUUUUUUAAUAUUGCAAAUGGAAAUAAAGCAGAAAAUGAUGAAAUUCCAAUUACCACUCUUGAUGAAAUUAUAUAUAAUUUGGUUUAUCCAUCUAAUUUAUAUGAAUAUACUUCAUCUCAUGCAUCACGUAUAAUUGCAACAUUUUCAAGACAUAAAGAAAUAAGUGGGAUUAAUCUUUGUAAUGUGCAUGAAAAUAUUGGAUAUUUUAUGGCUAGUAAAGUAAUUGAGAAAUUCGAAAUUAUUUCUAAAUCCCUAAAUCACGUACAGGGAUGCACAGUAACAAAUGGAUUUGCGUUAGAGAAUGAAGAAAAAAUUGGAAUAAUUGUAAUGAUGCGUGCAGGCGAUUCAAUGGCAAAGGGCGUUUGGAAAUUUAUGCCAAAAGCAUCAUACAUUCAUCACCAAGUUAAUAAAGAUAUUGACAAAUAUAUUAAUCAUUUUGAGAAAUUAAUUUUGGUUGAUUCAGUAAUAAAUGAAGGAAAAACAAUGAGAAGUAUUUUGAAUUAUAUAGUUAGUGAUUAUAAAUUUCAAGGAAAAAUAUUUGUUAUAACUGGAGUUAUUCAAGAUGUUACUGCCAGGAAAUUACCUCGAGAAUUUCCCGAGGUCUCGUUUUAUGCGUUGAGAGUGUCAAAGAACAAAUAUAAGGGAAUCGGCGAUACUGAUACUGGCAAUCGUCUCUAUAACACUACCAUAGUUGCAUAA